AUGCUAUCGUUCGGGAGCGAAAACUCGGCCCAUGUGGCCAUCGUGACGGGAGCGGGCCGCGGUCUCGGUCGGGCAUGGGCCCAGGCAUUGGCAUCGCGUGGUGUCCGUGUGGUAGUGAAUGACAACGACGCCGACCACUCGCUGGUGGAGGAUGUAGUGCAGAGUAUUCGCAGUCGAGGGGGCGUAGCUGUGGGCGAUCACCACAGCGUGACGGAUGGCGCUGAGAUCGUCAAGACGGCGAUGGACAACUUCAAACGAGUAAACAUCUUGAUCAAUAACGCUACGGUUAUCCGCGAUGGAUCCUUCCGCAAGAUGACGAAGGAAAACUGGGACGAUGUGUACCGCUCGAGUCUGCUUGGCACCUUUAUCGUGACCAAGGCAGUAUGGCCCAUCAUGCGCCAACAAAAGUACGGUCGCAUCCUUAAUUGUGUGUCAGGUACUGGACUCUACGGAAAUUUUGGACAGGUCAACUACGCUGCCAUGAAAAUGGGGCUUGUGGGCUUUACAGUAGCGCUCAACCGUGAAGGUAUCAAGUACAAUAUUUCAGUGAACGCCGUGUCUCCCGUGGCUGGAACACGACUCACCCAGCCGGUGUGGCCCGACGACGUAUACGCCAAACUGACACCGGAGCUGACAUCGCCCAUCAUCGUGUACCUGUGCCACCCGUCGUGCAAGGAUAACGGCGGGUUGUUUGAAUUAGGAGGAGGCUGGGUUGGUGCUUUGCGUCUGCAGCGCACACACGGUGUCGGUUUUCCCACGGACCCGAUCCAGUACACGCCCGAGCUCGUGGCUGAACAAUGGCGUGACGUCGUAGACUUCAGCCGUGUGACCCAUCCAACCUCGACGCAGAAUUCGUUUGAGCCCAUGAUGCGCAACGUGACGGCAUCGCCCAAGUCGCUGAUUACCUCUCGAUCCAGUGAGUGCGCCGAAGUAUUUGACCGACUGCGAAUUGCCCUACAGAAAAAGGGUCAAGCGCUGAGCAAACAGAUCUCGGGCGUGCUCGAGUGGCACAUCAACAAGGAGGUCUGGACGAUCACUCUACUGAACGGCAACGGGACUCUUUUGGAAGGACGCAAUUCGCGCCUGACGCCGGACCUGCAGAUUCACAUGGACGAACAAGACUUCCUGGAUCUGGCGGCGGGACGGCUGAGGCUGCAGCAAGCGCUGAUCCGGAAGAAGUUGCGCUUGCAAGGAAAUCUCAAAAUGGCCAUGAAGUUGCAACCGUUCGAGGAUCUCCUCCUGCAGCAGAACCAGUCGCGGCUGUAA